AUGAAUUCAAAGAGUAGCUUCUUUAGUCCUACAGUCAGAUUAUCUGGCAAUGAAAUUCCAAUUCAAAAAUCUUUUAGUCCUCUCCAAAUGCACAGUAACUACAAUUCAAGUUUAGAUCUGAGCAGAGCCGGUUAUUUAAUUUCAACCCAAUCCUCGCCUAUUCAAAACCUAUCACAUCCUCAAUUCUUGAGCUAUAAUAGUUCACCGAGUUGACCUUAUAUCCCAAAGCCUUAUCCAAUAAUUGCUCCUUCAUAUAAUCACAAUGCAAUCCAGAAAAAUUUUAUUCCUUACAAUCAAAAUUACAAUCCAAUACAAAAUAAUAAAAAAAGUGACGAGAAUGUCCCAUAUCAAUUAAUUGCCAGCAAGUCAGCUACAAUUAUAAAGCCAAUGGCAAAGCACAUAAUUAAACCUUUGAAGCUGCCCAAAAGACCAGAAAGAUUUGUUUAUAAAAAGCCAAGCGUUCCACCUUUACUUCCUGAAGAUAAUCCUUUGCCUCCAAAUUUGUAUUAUUCAAAGAAGCCAAGAGUAGUAGAAUACAAACCAUAUAAUAUAGAUGAUUAUAAUCAAAAUUGCAAAAAACCAUAUAUUCUUCCUAAUUUCCCACUCCAUGAGCGAUAAAAAUUUUUACUCACUCAUAGCCGGGGGUAAUUUUUUUUAUAGUAAAUUUUUUUUUGAAAUUUAAAAAAUUCAAAUUCGCAAAAAUCGGAGGGCAGAUAUUUAUUUAAUUUUUUAAAAUGCAAGCUGUUUAAAAUUAAGCCGAAUUAGAUAGAUAUUUCAUUAUACUAAUUAUCACUUAUAUAUCAAAAAUUUUUUCUAUAAAAAUUUUUGUUCGCUCACGGAGAGGGAGGAAUAAGGGGCUUGGCCCUGCUAAUAUAGGAGCAGAUGACUGGGCUCGAAAAUUUGAAAAAGAGAGAGUAAUGAAAGAAUACAGUCAAUCUGUAAGAGAAUUAAACUUCCGAAGCUAG